CCCACUUGAUCUCACUUCGCCUCAGGGUCGACUCCAAUCAUGAGGUGCAAGAUGGGAGUGGAUGUUGAAGGAUGACACACAGCCGCACAGGGUGUUGGGCUGAAGUGAUCUUCAGGGCGUGGUUGGCGGGGAAGAUUGACAGAGUACGAGGGUCUGCUCCACAUAUUUCUGAGGGGUCUUCAUCCUGAAGGAAUGUCAAUCAUGGCCAGGCAUACUCUGAGUCUGGGCGCUCGAGGGAGGUGACAUAGGCAGAUUUCUGAGAGAUUCUUAAGCCCCUUGAUUUUCCUGUUUGUCUGUUGAGAAUUGAUUCUCUAUUGAUAUCCAUUCGUACUUGAUAGUGAUUUGGAGUUCCGUUGUAUACAUACUGUACACAUACUACCCACCCAUUACCCUAACCCUACUUUCUUGGUUGCGUUUACGCUACAUACACACCUCCAUCCAAACCAUCCACGAUGAAGACCUUUUCCCUCACCAGCAUCCUUCUCCUCUCCCCCCUCUUGAUUCACGCCGCCCCCACGGGCCAGGGUCAGCUGUGCACUCGGGAUUCAACGGCAAUCACCAGCGAGCAGAUCCAAACCAUUGCCCCCACGUCCAACACCUGCGCCAACGCCCCGGCCGUCGGCGAGUGUGCGACCUCCGACACGGCAGCCUCCAGCAUCUCUAAAUCCUUCCAAACCUACGGGGUGACCAACAAAGCCGAGCAGGCCGCGGUGAUCGGCCUGAUGGCGUUCGAGAGUGGGGAUUUCAAGUACAACAAGAAUCAUUACCCGGGUGUGGCGGGCCAGGGCACUCGAAACAUGCAGUCACCCGCCUUCAACGCCAAGUACGCGGCGUCGAUCCCCGCCCUCGCCGACUCGCUCAAGGCCGUCAAUGGGGAUGCAGCGGGCACGUUGGAUCUGCUGCGUGCGGUCCCGGAGUAUGACUUUGGGUCCGGCGCGUGGUUCCUCACCACCCAGUGUACUUCCAGUGUGCGUGGCCAGCUGCAGCAGGGCACUCAGGCGGGCUGGGAGGCGUUCAUUACCGGCUGCGUGGGGACGGCUGCUAAUGAUGAUCGGAAGGCUUAUUGGAGUCGGGCUGUUGAGGCUCUGGGGGUCUGAGGUGAGGGUCUUAGG